GGACUUGGCGGCUGAAGGCAGCACGCCGGGGCCAAGGCAGCACGGCUGGCCGGCGCCCUUCCUCCGGGUGCUCCUCCGGAAUGAGGCCUCGGCGCCCGCGCGGGACGACUCGGUUCCUUCUCAGAGCGAAUCCUAGGAGAGGCCGGAGCCGCGGCGAUGCCGGGGAAGCUGAAGGUGAAAAUCGUGGCCGGUCGCCAUUUGCCGGUGAUGGACCGUGCUAGUGACCUGACGGAUGCCUUCGUGGAGGUAAAGUUUGGUAAUACGACCUUUAAGACAGACGUGUACCUCAAGUCACUCAAUCCUCAGUGGAACUCGGAAUGGUUUAAAUUUGAGGUGGAUGAUGAAGAUUUACAAGAUGAACCUCUGCAGAUCACCGUUCUUGACCAUGAUACUUACAGUGCAAACGAUGCUAUCGGCAAGGUGUACAUUGACAUCGACCCUUUACUGUAUAGUGAAGCUGCCACAGUCAUCUCAGGGUGGUUCCCAAUUUAUGACACCAUCCAUGGUAUCCGUGGAGAAAUCAAUGUGGUUGUCAAAGUAGAUCUCUUCAAUGAUUUAAAUAGAUUUAGACAGUCAUCAUGUGGAGUCAAAUUCUUUUGCACAACAUCUAUUCCAAAGUGCUACAGAGCUGUGGUAAUCCAUGGAUUUGUAGAAGAACUUGUGGUCAACGAAGACCCGGAAUAUCAAUGGAUUGAUCGUAUUCGCACACCAAGGGCAUCAAAUGAAGCCAGACAGAGACUUAUUUCUUUAAUGUCAGGUGAAUUACAGAGAAAAAUUGGCUUGAAAGUGCUUGAGAUGAGAGGAAAUGCAGUUGUUGGAUACUUGCAGUGUUUUGAUCUGGAAGGCGAGUCUGGGUUAGUGGUACGAGCCAUAGGAACAGCGUGCACUCUGGAUAAAUUAAGUAGCCCAGCAGCAUUCCUUCCUGCAUGUAAUUCCCCAUCCAAAGAAAUGAAGGAGAUUCCCUUCAAUGAAGAUCCCAAUCCCAAUCCUCACUCAUCAGGACCCUCAACCCCUCUGAAAAACCAAACUUAUUCCUUUUCACCUUCCAAGUCCUACAGCCGACAGUCCUCUUCUUCUGACACAGACCUGAGUCUGACGCCCAAGACUGGAAUGGGAAGUGGUAGUGCUGGAAAAGAAGGGGGGCCCUUUAAAGCUCUUCUACGGCAACAGACUCAGGCGGCCUUGGAACAGCGGGGAGGAUCGCCUCAUAGGUUCUGUAGAAGGCGGGAAUUCCCCUUCCUCACCUUGACGGCCUUCCCUCCCGGACUCCUCGUGCACGUCGGUGGUGUUGUUAGUGCACGCUCUGUGAAGCUGUUAGACCGGAUCCACAAUCCUGCUUUUGUCGGAAUUAUGGGUAACACAAGAUCUUACAAACUGCUAGACUGGAAUAGUUUCAAUUCAGAUGAACCAGAAACUCGAGAUGCGUGGUGGGCAGAAAUCAGACAGGAGAUAAAGUCACACGCUAAAGCCUUAGGCUGCCAUGCUGUAGUGGGCUACAGCGAGUCAACCAGCAUCUGUGAAGAAGUCUGUAUUUUAUCAGCAUCUGGCACGGCAGCUGUACUGAAUCCUCGGUUUCUUCAGGAAGGCACUGUGGAGGGCUCUUUGGAACAGAGGAUUGAAGAAAACUUGCCUGUGGGCUGCGGAUUCUGCCAUAUACCAUAUGAUGAGCUGAACAUGCCUUUUCCUGCUCACCUCACAUACUGUUACAACUGCCGGAAACAAAAAGUCCCUGAUGUCCUCUUUACAACCAUCGACCUGCCCACUGAUGCAGUGGUUGUUGGGAAAGGUUGUCUUAUCCAGGCAAGGUUAUGUCGCCUAAAAAAGAAAGCCCAGGCAGAAGCCAAUGCCACAGCUAUCAGUAAUCUCUUGCCGUUUAUGGAGUAUGAAGUCCACACUCAACUGAUGAACAAGCUCAAACUCAAAGGAAUGAACGCUUUGUUUGGACUAAGAAUUCAGAUCACAGUGGGUGAAAACAUGUUGAUGGGCUUAGCGUCGGCCACAGGGGUCUACUUAGCCGCUUUGCCGACUCCUGGUGGGAUCCAGAUCGCUGGGAAGACCCCCAAUGACGGCUCCUAUGAGCAGCACAUCUCCCACAUGCAGAAGAGAAUCAACGACACGAUUGCCAAGAACAAAGAACUGUAUGAAAUCAAUCCUCCGGAGGUAUCUGAAGAGAUUAUAGGAUCGCCCAUCCCAGAACCUAGACAGCGUUCAAGACUUUUAAGAUCACAAUCAGAAAGUUCUGAUGAAGUUACAGAAUUAGACCUUUCACAUGGGAAAAAAGACGCAUUCGUGUUAGAGAUUGAUGACACUGAUGCCAUGGAAGAUGUGCACUCCCUCCUCACUGAUGUUCCCCCGCCUUCAGGUUUUUAUAGUUGUAAUACAGAAAUUAUGCCUGGCAUAAAUAAUUGGACAUCAGAAAUACAGAUGUUUACAUCAGUAAGAGUGGUCAGACUGAGCAGCCUCAACCUGACUAAUCAAGCUCUCAAUAAGAACUUCAACGGCCUGUGUGAGAACUUGCUCAAGAGCCUGUACUUCAAACUCCGCUCCAUGACUCCCUGCUGCCUCUGCCAUGUGAACUUCACAGUGUCUCUGCCUGAAGACGAGCUAAUCCAGGUUACAGUCACAGCAGUCGCGAUAACUUUUGAUAAAAACCAGGCUUUACAGACCACGAAAGCCCAUGCUGAAAAGACACUGCAGAGAGCCUCCACAGAUAACGACGAGCUGCUGCAGUUCCCGCUGGAGCUCUGUUCGGACUCACUGCCCGCUCCUGCUUUCCCAGCAACCAAAGAACACCUGGAGAGUGCGAGUUCUAACUCAGGUACACCAGCUGCACAGAGAGCAACGUCAGUUGAUUACAGUUCCUUUGCAGACAGAUGCAGCAGCUGGAUAGAGCUCAUUAAACUGAAAGCUCAGACCAUAAGGCGCGGAUCAAUUAAGACAACUGUGACGGUUGAGAAAGCAAGUCCCAUGGGUGAUGGAAAUUUCCGGAAUCGCUCUGCUCCACCUUGUGCAAGUUCCACAGUUGGGGUUGUUAAGAUGACGCCUCUUUCUUUCAUUCCUGGAGCAAAGAUAACAAAAUAUCUUGGCAUCAUUAACAUGUUUUUUAUUAGAGAAACUACUUCUCUUCGGGAGGAAGGAGGAGUCAGUGGUUUCCUCCAUGCUUUCAUUGCUGAAGUGUUUGCCAUGGUAAGAGCUCACGUUGCCGCACUGGGAGGGAAUGCUGUUGUUUCCUACAUUAUGAAGCAGUGUGUCUUCAUGGAAAAUCCCAGUAAGAACCAGGCGCAGUGUCUCAUAAAUGUCAGUGGUGAUGCGGUGGUCUUUGUUCGUGAAUCUGACUUAGAGGCCAUGUCAACUCAGCAGUCUGCUGUCAACUGCCAGACAUCAUGUCCUGGAGAAGUCACAACCUGAAGACAGAUGGAGCUCAACUGAGUGAAAUUCGUCCGUCUCCAUUGUUUGUCAGCAUCUUCACAGAUGAGAACCUCAGCGGGGGUAGAUAACUGAGGAGGAGUGGGCAUGAGUUGGUUUGGUUUGUGUGGACGUCUUGGAGACUUAAGAAUUUCUGAUCUCGACAUUUCAUUUGCUUGUUUACACAGACAGAUCCCAUGGAAUCUAGCACCUUCAGUUAUGGGAGUUACUUGUAAUUUAUGUUGAUUUUAGUAAAAUUAUAUUUAAAAAUGAAAUGGGAAGAUUGUCAAGAGACUGGGAUAAGUAGCUUCUGUAACUUAGAAAACUAAGUGGGAAUCCAGAUUGCUAACAAGUCUGUAGUUGAUUUGUAAAAUAGAGGACACUACUGUGUAUUUUCAGAAAAUUACUAUGUGGGUUUCCCAGUAUCUCUUGCUUGAAAUGAGGAACUUGUUAGUUGGGCAGGUGAUGUACUUCAGCCACUUUUCAAAGGAAGAUUCUACAGUGUGCAUCUGCAGCGUGACCCGGAUGCUCUGAGGAGCUUCCCAGGAGGCCUCCACAUCAAGGAGGGAGGGCGCCUCUCGACUAACUACUGCUUCAUAUGUAAUUGUCUAGAAGAGGCUUGGCUUCAACUGGCUAGAGACCAUUGUGAAAUGUAUUCAAGUAGUGAAAGUACAGUCGACCUAGGAAGAACCGGAUUGCUUUCUAAUAAUAUUAUAUUGCACUCUUACUAGGGGACUUUGGUGAGGUACACUGUUUGCUAUAGAACUUGGAAAUGAGACUUGAAUAUGCUGUGAAGUGUUGAAUGUAUGUAUUAAGUCUUACCUAUGCCAAGUACCCACUGCUAAUGAAAUAUCAAAGUCCUCCUUUACCCCAUGGAAUUCCCUUAUAAAAGUUAGCAUUUUAUUCUCUCAGAACAGUAAAUUACCCUAAAGACAAAAAGUCAUCUUAUUGUUACACAGGUGUCAAUAUUUUUCUGUAUUUUGUUUAUAAUUUUAUUUUUUAAAUAAAAAGUUUAUAAACAGUA